CACUGAAGCAAAGAGGAGGAAAAAGGGAACAUAGACUCGUCGAAACGUUUCGCGGUACUCCAUUGGUGAUUUUCCCUUUCGGGCACAAUGUCACGAGUAUCGAGAUCGAACGCGCGAUAGAUCUCGUUCAAGAUUCACAAAAAUGUCGAAUAUUUACACAGCCGAGGAGGUGUCGAAGCACAAUAGUGAGAAAGAUUUAUGGAUCGUGUACAAGGAUGGUGUGUACGAUAUAACAAAAUUCGUGAAAGAACAUCCAGGUGGUGAAGAGGUGUUAAUCAAUUUAGCUGGAAAGGAUGCUACCGACUGUUUCGACGAUAUAGGACACACGGUGGAGGCUGUACAACUUCGAGAGACCUAUAAAAUUGGAACAGUGUCCGGUAUCCUUUCCAGCACACCGGUUUCCGAUGUUUCUUCUUGUGGUUCAGUAGGUGCACAAGACACGACGACAGACGACGACAACUGGGAAUACGAGCCACCGAAACAAGAAACGUCACCCUGGCUUCCGGUGUUCAUCGCAGUUGGUGUUGCCAUAUAUGGCUACAUGUUUUAUUAUUUUUCGCUCUCAUUAGAGCUAGUCUAAAUGUAAUUAUAUCGGGUUAAUAGAACAAAAUGCUUAUUUAUUUCUAGAAAUAUUGAAUAUCUAAAUUGCAAUAAAUUUAUUUUCGUGAAA